AUGGCCUCUACUGUCCAGCCGUCUCCCUCUAAUGAAACAAUACCUUCUAUAGGAAAAGAUACUAAUUACGAAACAUAUUCUCUUAUAUGGCUUGAUGCUUCAAUAUAUUCUGAAGAAACUCUUGAUACUCAAGAAAAACUUCGACUAUCGAUUAAUUAUUUACGAACAUUCGAUAAACUUGAUGAAUGUGAAAAAUAUAUUCGAUCAGUUUCUUCUGAAGAUCGUAUUGUCUUAAUUAUUAGUGAUCAUUUUAGUCAACAAUUAAUACCUAAUAUUCAUUUUUUUCGACAAGUUUCUUCAAUUUAUAUAUAUUGUGGAAACAAAGAAUUUCAUCAACAAUGGGGUAAACAAUAUAGUAAAAUACACGGUGUUUGUAAUCAAUUAAAUGAAUUGAUUAAUCGAAUUCAAUUUGAUCAAUCUGGAAGAAGAUCACAUGAAGCUGAUGAAGCACUAUCAAUUUU